AUGUCUUCCUCUGACGACUCUGAUCCGACUUCGAUUGGAGUUGGAUUUGUUGAGGAGUCUUCUUCUGGGUCGUCUUCCCCCAUGGAUACUUCUGCUUCCUUGCCUUCCCCCAUUGCUACUGAUGGGGAAGAGGCUUCUGGAGAUUCUGCUCCUAGUAGAGGUCGUCAGGCCUCCCGAGCUUCUACUUCUGUUGGCGACCUUAGGAGCAAGUUGGCCCAUAUUGCUAGCAUCUUGACUUCUUCAGACUUGGCGUCCCUCCGCCAGGAGUUCCAUACACCACCUGAGGUCUUGCUUUGUGUCCCUGGAUCGGAUGAUCGUGCUUACUCCCACCGAGGAGAUGAGAAGAGGAGCGCUCAGGAUGCUGCUUCUGGGGGUGGUUCUUCUGGUGUAGUACCCCCAGCUUCUUCUUCUCCUCCUGUGGUCAUUGGGACCAAGAGGAAGGGGGGUGUUGAUCCCCCCAGCUUGGUGAGGACUGGGCCAAGUGUUAUUCUUCCACGGACGUCUCCUCCUGCUUCCACCCCCGGGUUCGCUGCUCCACCCCCUUCUGAGGGGAAAGGGGUGGCCUCUGCUCCUGCUGGCACUACCGCUGAUCCGGCGACCUCUUCUCCUUUGGUGUUGGCAUGGGAUCUUCUGGAGGGAGCGACCUUGGCCACUCGUGGUGUGAGUCGAGAGUGGUUGGACCUGGGUAGGCUUCCCGCGGAGCGUUCAGCCCUCCGGGGGAUCAGUGACACCACGCUCUCGCAGAGUCUCUAUCAGGGCAUGGCUUCUGAGGAGCUCGAGGCGGCUACCGUUGUAGCGGCUCAGAGUUCUUCUAGAGUCCGGGCCUUAGAGGAGGAGCUCCGCGCUGUGAGGCAGAGACAUGAGGUGGAGUUGUCUGAGGCUGGGGAGCGGGCAGUAGCGGCAUACCAGCGGUCUCUUGAGAUCACUGAUUACUUUCAUCAGUAUAACCAGGAGAUAUACGAUGGAGGCAUCAGGGACUUGGCGGUUCACAACCUAGAGAGGACCCCUGAUUAUGAUUUCUCGGGGUUCCCAGAGGUUACCAUAUUGCUUCCUGAGACUGUUGCAGUGGGUCGUGUUCCUCCUGAGGAUGGCGCCGCGAUGACAGAGGAGGGUGUGGUCACACCAGAGGAGAGUGUUGCUCCUCAUGCUGAUGCUGAUUUGAUGUCUCCUUCUGGAUCAAAGGCUGCUCCUCCAUUGGAUGCCCCAUGA